AUGAACACCGAAGAUGGGCAAAUCUUCAUAAAGAACUUAGCGUCAUUCGUACGGACGCACGAGAAAGCUCUCGCAAACGCCCUCCAACUUCAGCGAAACCAACGGCCUCAUGGAUCGAGUUCGCAGGCUACUGGCAGUAUGCCGGUCAUGCCAACCACUCCUCAAUCCUCGUCCGCCUCGCUUGCGUCGGCGCUGUCCCUCCCAUAUCUAAGCUUCACAUCCUACAACCUCAAGCCGGCGAAACUCACGCUGACUCCACACCAUCUGUUCUACCUUCUCUCACGAUUUGAAGAACUGGGGGUGCAAGUUGGGCCCAUGAAUGUGCGGCUGGAGAAUAUCCAUACCGACGUGUCGCCCACGAACUAUGUCUCGUUCCUGAACCAGGCACAGAGAAAGAAGUCACGAGGACCGUCCGACCGAGAUUCGAUCCAUUCGGUUUCGAGCAUGAGGAGCGUCAUGUCAGGAAUGUCAUCGUUCUGGUCGAGCUUGGGGUUCAGGAAAGACUCCAAGUCGGAAAAACAGAAAGCAGCCAUCAAGGAAGAUCUUCGAUACCUAUACUCAGCGUUCACCAAGAUUCCGUGCCUUCGACUCUCCCCCGACCACAAAGCGCCUCUUAUCGCCGGCUACGAAGAGUUUCCUUUCGAUUCGGCCGUUCCGCUGUUCGCUUUUAAGAACCUCGGCGCCCUCGAGAUCUACGACGUCGACUUCCGACAGUUCUAUGGGUGGGACCGCUUGGCGGAACAACUACGAAGCCUUACCGUAAAACGUGGCGGAGUAGAUGACCCUGCGGACCUCCUCAUCAACAUCGUCCUGGAUGAUAUGGACCGACGGAGACGUCGUUCCGCAAAGGGACAAUCCUCACCCGUUCUUCCUGUCCCUGGCUCCAGCCCAGCGCUGAAGAGCGCCGAACUGCACAAGCAAGGCUCGACUCCGAAUUCGUUGGGCUCCGAAACCGCUCUGGCCGUCGCGAGCCCACAACGGGAAUCGAUCGGUCGUACCGGCUCGACGGGAUCGACAAUAUCUCAACGGACGGCUCGACCGCGACAGCGGAGCGUGUCUCCUAUGCGAGGCGGCCACAGCUCUCGACCCACGUCGAGCAACUUCGGGCGGAAUAGCACUGCGACUCUUCGUCGGUCGUCCGGGAGUUCAGGGUCCAGUCUUCCCUCUGGUACCCCCCGAGGAAGCUCGACGAACUUGUUGUCCCUGAACUACUUUCCAUCGACUAAGUGGAGGUUCCUACGGCAUCUGAGCCUUGCUGAUAAUGGGAUGACAUCGCUCAACGCCGCCAGCUUCGCUCCGGUUGCGAAUACCCUACAGAGCUUGGACUUGUCGUCGAACCUGUUCACCGAGAUCCCGGAUGCCUUGUCAUCACUCGUGGCGCUCCGUGCUCUAAACCUUUCGAACUGCAUGAUCGGGUCGCUGCAUUCACUCCUCAGAAACCCCCUUCCGGCCAUUUCGACGCUCAAUCUCCGUGGCAAUCGACUUCGAUCGUUGGCUGGGAUCGAACGGUUAUUAUCGCUGCAACGUGUUGACUUCCGGGACAACAAGCUCAGCGAUCCGACCGAACUGGCCCGCUUGACCGGAGUGCCCGAGAUCCAAGAACUCUUCGUGAACCGCAACCCAUUUACGCGAACUCACAGCAACUACCGCGUCACCAUCUUCAACCUGUUCCGAGCCACCCCCGGAUUCAUCGAAGACAUCAUCAUCGACUCGACCCUCCCGAGCUAUUCGGAGCGGAAACAGCUCGUCGAUCGCGCUCCAUUACCACCGAACCUACCCGUCAAACGCGUGGAAGCCGAGACCAUUCGACCGCUCGAAAUGCCCGAGACGCCGACCCGCCGCUCGUCGAAAUACGCGCAUGGCCGCACCCGCUCCGACGGGCAACUCCUCUCCUCGGGAUCCCACCGACGACGUAAAGGGACCCGCAGACGAAUCGUCGAGCUCUCCCGCAACGAGGCCGGCGGAAUGAGCGAGACGCUCCCUAUCCCCACCGAGUCCUCCUCGCGUGUCGCCACCGACGCGCCCCACGACCCCAGCCAGCCGCCGAACAUCUCCUCGAUCGACUCCGCAUACGGCGGUAGCCCGGACCUCUCCACGUCGCCUCUUCCGCUCCGCUCGCAUGGCACCCCUGCCGCGAGUAGUAAUGUAGAUAACGACCCUCUCACCGACUCUACGAAUCCUGCAACCACCUCCAAGGCUGAUCGACCCGCUCUCCCCGCCCUCGACACGUUCGUGCAGACCCCACCACGAACUCAGCCGUCUUCGCAGCCUCCACCACCUACCAAUCCUCCCCGACUCCUCGCCGCUUCUCCUCCUAUACCCCCACAACCGCAGCAACAACCACAGUCACAGUCACAGCCACAACCACAGCCGCAACUACAGCAACAACCACCACAACCCCCGCAACAAUCCCCCCAAUCCCAACCCUCCCCACACCAUUCCCUCCCCACUGACGACCCCUCCUCCGCCUACCGCCGCAAAAUCUCCGCCCUCCGCGCCGACCUCGGUCCCGGGUGGCUCAGCGCGCUCAGCGACGACACCUGGGACUCCGAGACGCACAACAAGCCGGCCUCCACCAAGCCGCCCGAGGCCGGACCCGCCACCACCGGGCGCGGAUCUGGCUCUAGUAGCGCGAACCGCAGUUUGAGUAACUCCGGGACGCUGAGCAUGAGUACAGGCGGGGUGAUGCCGGCGGAUGUGGCGGCGGGGCAUGGGGGCAUGGAGGGGAUGGGGAUUGUUGGGGUGGGGGGACGGACGUUGGGGUAGGUGAGGAUUGAGGAUGAUGGAGAGGGAUGAGGGUAAAAGGGGUGCAUAUGAUGGCGUUAUGAAUGGGAUUUAUGGUCUGGGUGGAGCAAAAUGCAUUUGGAUAUUUGUUGUCGUUUUGCGUUGCUUUGGUCGCUGGUACUGUUCCUGUUCCUGCUACUGUUUCUCGUCCCUGUUUUUCCGGUUCCGACAUCUUCUCUCAUGAUGUUUUCCUCGUCUAAUCGUC